AUGUUGAGAAAUAUCAUCUGCCUCACUUUCCUCCUAUCCUUGAUUUCUGCUGCCCCUAUCGGUAACUAUACCGGAGUGGAUGUCUCUGAAACCAAUGGUACAGAUGCCAAAGGAAGUAUCUUGUACAUUUUCAGAUCUCAAUGGAAACAGAGGGAUGUUGAUUUCGAGAUCAGAGACCACUUGGUCUCCACCGGAUACAACGUUACUUUUGCUGACCAAACUGAAGACGCAAGCAUUGUUGAUGGCCACGAUCUGGUCGUUAUCUCCGCUACUAUUAGGUCCAGAGACUUCGUUCCUGGCGACUACAAGGACAUCGAAAUCCCAAUUUUCACCUGGGAGAACGAUAUCUUGGAUGACUUGAGAUUCACCGGAAAGUGCAGAGACACCAACUUUGGUGGAUUGGAUGCCGAGCACUACGUCCAAUUGGUCAAUGCCCCACACCCAAUCAGUGCAGGUGUUGAAUCUGGUGUUAAAGCAAUGUUUGUGUCUGAUCAAGAGGUUGGUUUCGGACAGCCUGGCUUGGGAGCUGACAUCAUUGGAACCGUUCCCGGAACUCCAGACCAAGCUCUUAUUUUCAGUUACGAAGAAGGUGCCACUAUGGAUUACGACUUCAUUGCUCCAGCUAGAAGAGUUUUCUUCGGUAUGGGCAACGCAGCUUUCGGUAACCUCACUGACGCUGGUUUGGCCAUCUUCGACGCUGCCGUUGAAUACGCCAUCGGUAUUACUGAUAAAGAGGGAUACUGA